ACGGGCGGCUUCACGUACGGCGCUGACGGUGGUGGCCUGCGAGGCUCAUUUCUAGCGAGGAACAAGGCUUUCCAGCCUUGACUUCAAUAAAUACAUGUUUACGAAGCUAUAUAUAUAUAAUACAUAGAGAUUGUUAAGACAUUCUUCUGUCCUGGGAAACGCUGGCACCGCGUGUCUGGAAAGAAAUACAUCUGGGCUGUGUGACAAACUCCCCAGUUGGUGCCCUGCUGUGUGCUCAGGGAACUGUGCGAUCCUUGGAGGGGUAGGUACUAGGACCGCGCUCAGCCUGGGGUUUGGAGGCGGCCUCCUACAGGAAGCUCCCUGGGACCUAAGAUUUUUAGAGGUUCACUGGAAUAAAAAGGAAGAGAAAAAAAGAACAUUGCAAGCAUUGGGACUGUAACAUUUGACAAGAUCAAAGCUGCAGGAAAAUGGACAGUGAGGUUCAGAGAGAUGGAAGGAUCUUGGAUUUGAUUGAUGAUGCUUGGCGAGAAGACAAGCUGCCUUAUGAGGAUGUCGCAAUACCACUGAAUGAGCUUCCUGAACCGGAACAAGACAAUGGUGGCACCACAGAAUCUGUCAAAGAACAGGAAAUGAAGUGGACAGACUUAGCUUUACAGUACCUCCAUGAGAACGUGCCCCCCAUUGGAAACUGACACUUGGCUCCUUUCCUGCGGACGAAUUUUCUAAAAGUACACAGAUAAAAAAUGUUUUGUUUCAGUCUCCUACUUCAAAUCUUUGAGUAAUAAAUCAGCACUCAAAAAUGUA